AUGGCUAAGCAUCCAUCAUAUUCAUUUAGCCUGGAUUCCAAAACACUCUUCAGUACAUCCGAAGAUGAACAGAAUUAUGAUUUGAUGUCGGAAAAACUGUGGAAGGAUAGGAGUUUCCUUAAAUGUGUUAAAUCAUUAUCAAAAUAUAUAGUAAUUCCAAAGAGUAAACUGGAGAAUUUGUCCAGAAAUUUAGUUCCAGCAGAGUUACAGAUUCAAGCAUUGCUUGAAAUAUUGAGUAACCAGAAACUACAUUACAAUAACCCGCUAAAAUAUGAUAAAUCAAGUGCAACUAGAAGCUGUUACCUAAAGUCGCUGGGACUAGACUUGACACUUGAACUAGAUCAACUAAUUGACGAGUCUGGAACAUCAUUUGAACACCUAAAGGUUCCACAGUACUGGACAUAUAUGCUUCCGGCCAGGUACAUUGAGGCGAAACAUAAUUUGGAUACUGACUUUAAGACAUUAGUUUCAAAGUCAUUUAAACUAUUACAUAAAUACUGGCAGAAAUCUGGUCUUAUAUCUGAUGAUGGAGAUGUGACAUUUGAAGUUGAGCAGAAGUUCAAUACAAUAGCAAAAAACACAAUUGGAAAGAAUAUCGGAUGUGUGUCUACACCUUACUUACCCAUUGGAGGAUAUAGCAUUUUAAAAAGAUUUGGAACACUCUUUAAAAGACCAAGCCCAUUCACAGUCAACUGUGAUUCCGGCACAUAUGUGUGUAAUAAUUUACCUUCAUUCCCAUUCCUCUUUAAAGUCAAGCAGACUCUUGAUAAAUAUGGAGUGGCGGUGGUUAGAAAUGUAUUCUCCAAGGACCAAAUCCGUGAAAUCAAGUCCAAACUACACAUUAAAUCCACAUUGAAAAGGACCCAAAUGUGUCAGCGCUUAAAUAUACAAGAGGUUGGUACAAUUUGCCACAUCAUCUCUUUAGGGAGGAUUAACUGUGUAAUUAGAGGAACAAGUUUCAAUGAAUAUUUAUCACCAAUUCAGUCGUUUUGGAUGCCGUUUGUAUACUAUUUAAUGAAAAGGGAUAGCUUAUAUCUUCUGGUAUUCUCUAAUUAUGAAUAUAUAAAUUGUAUUAAAUGGGUUUGGGUAGAUUCCAUGAGUUAUGUUGAGCCAUGGCAUAGAGAAAAUAAAAGAUCUGGGAUCAAUAUUGUAGUACCACUUCAGGAUACAAAUAAAGUUAAUGGAAGAAUGCAAUUUCUACCUGGAACACAUAAUGAACCAUCAAGACUAAAUCCAUACACUUGUGGUCCGGUCGGCGUUGACUUGAAUGAGGGUGACGUAUUAAUAUAUAACUCAAGUGUACUUCAUAGAAAUACAAUAAAUGAAAGUAAUGUGUGUCAGUCAAUGGUAGUUUUUACCUAUGAUCACGUAGAUACACCUCCACCAGGUCAAGGUAAUUUACUAAACGACCAAUAUAAUUUAGGAGUUGUAAAAUAUUUUUUCGAUAACUAUUAUGGAAACGCUAUAGUUAAUUUAAACUAUUUAUGUAAAAAUAUAAAAUUUAAGUAA